AUGCAGCUGGAAGCCGACGGCGUCAACGGAGCAGGAAAACCAGUAGCCGAACUAUCCCCGAUGGCAGGAGGUUCGGCGGUGGUGAAUCGCCGUUUGAUGGUACAAGACCGCGUCACCGGCAUCCAUUUCCUGGUGAACACGGGCGCUGAUGUCUCGACCAUACCUGCCUCAAAGCGCGAUUUCGCGCACUUAAGUAAGCAGGUGCUCUAUGCAGCGAACGGAACGAUUAUCCCUACAUACGGGCAGAAGUUACUACGGCUCGACUUAGGAUUCCGCAGAGUGUUCCAAUGGCCCUUUGUUAUCGCCGAAGUGGACACGUUUAUAAUUGACUCGGAUUUUCUGGCGCGUUAUAAUUUGCUGCCUGACAUCCGGCACAAGCGGCUGAUUGAUGGCGACACGUUCCUCAAGGUCAACGCACAGCUCAUUUGCAGAACCGUACCAAAACUGACAGCCUUCGCCGACGAUUGCCCUUUCAAGGAGAUGCUAAAGGAGUUCCCAGAGAUAACCCGAGCAUCGGUUACGCAUAAACAAGCCGCACAUGGGGUAGAACAUGUCAACAAGACAACAGGUCCCCCGGUGUCAAACAAAGCCAGACGACCAAAAAAUGUGCGAGAGCGAACCAGAGCGAGAGCGCUGAUCGUGAAAUUUUUAAAGUGA